AUGAAUAUUGAGAAUCAUCGUCAUAAUACAUGUAUAAAACUUGAUGAUGAUGAAGAACGAAGUGAAGGUGAAUUAGAUUCAUCAUUUAGUGAUAAUGAUGAUGAUGAUGAUGAUGAAAUUCUUCCUAAAACAACUUGUCAACCACAACAAACUAGUCAAUCAUGGACAAAUAUGUUAACAGAACAGAAUCUCUCUUCUAUUAUGUCAAAUGCUUUAGCAGAUAAUUCCGAAAUAAUUCAUAUUGAUGAUCCAAUAGCUCAACAAAGUUCAAAUCCAUUAACAUAUGUAUUUCCACCAGGUACAAAUAUCGAUGAAUAUUUUGAACGAAAACAAAAACGAACCGAACCAAAAUCUAAACGUAAACCAACUCGACGUGAUUUAAAAAAUCUUUCAAAAUUAUUAAAUAAAGAAAAAAAUGAAGAUCUAUUACGUGUUAUACUUGAUACAAUUGGUUGUCAACGUGCAUUUCAAUAUGCUCAUGAAGCUAUUAAAUUAUAUAAACGUAAAGAUGAUUCAACAAUAAUCAAAUCUGAUAAUGGACAAUUACGAACAUUAGGUGGAAUUUAUUUUAAAAUGUUUCUUACUGAUAAUGAUAAUAAUUUACUAAAUGAAAAUGAACGAGAUAAAAUUAAAAAACAAAAUCAAGAUAUACAAAAAGCAAAGAAAAAGAAAAAAACAAAGAAUAAAAAGAAAAAUACAUCAUGA